AUGGACGUCGGCGAAUUACUUUCGUUUAAGCCAACACCAACACCGAAGAGACCCAAUGAGGAUGAAAGUGAAGACUCUGAAGAUGAAACAGUCAGAACACCUAAGACAAGGCGCCUGGGUUCUUCUAAAACACACCGAAUGGCCCACUUAAAAGGCCAACCUUUACCAAAGGAACCCAUGAUUACUGAUAAGGAAAGAGAGGAUAUUCUUAGAUUUGUUGAAACAGAGGCAACUGAGGGUGAAGUGCUCGAUGACACUACAGUUAAGAAAUUAGUCCUAAACUUUGAAAAGAAAGCACUGAAAAAUAGAGAAAUGAGAAUAAAGUUUCCUGAUCAACCUGAAAAAUUUAUGGAAAGCGAAAUUGAUUUGCAUGAAGCUUUACAAGAACUAAGUGCCGUUGCAACAGUGCCUGACCAAUACCCAUUAUUAGUGGAACUAAAAUGCAUAAGCUCGCUUUUGGAACUGUUAUCACAUGAUAACACUGAUAUAUCGACCAAAGUUGUUCAUCUUUUACAGGAGUUUACUGAUGUAGACAUUCUCCAUGAAAGUGAAGAAGGCGCGGAAGAGUUAAUAAAUGCAUUGGCAGAAGCAGAAGCUCCCGCAUUAUUAUUACACAAUCUUACUCGUCUUGAUGAGCAAGUGCCAGAUGAACGUGAUGCAGUACAUAACACCUUAGGUAUAAUAGAAAACAUUACAGAAUUUAGACCAGAAUUAUGUCAUGAAGUGGCAAAGCAAGGAUUUUUACAGUGGAUUCUCAAAAGACUAAAGUUAAAGGUGCCUUUUGACGGUAAUAAGUUGUAUGCAACAGAAAUUUUAUCAAUAUUGUUACAAAAUACACCAGAAAACAGAAAAUUGCUAGGAGAAUUAGAUGGAAUUGAUGUUCUAUUGCAACAAUUGGCGUUUUAUAAAAGGCAUGAUCCAAGUGGUGCAGAGGAACAAGAAGCCAUGGAGAAUAUGUUUGAUGCACUGUGCUGUGCGUUGAUGGAGCCCGCGAACAGAGACCGCUUCUUACGUGGAGAAGGCUUGCAGCUAAUGAAUCUGAUGCUCAGGGAAAAGAAGAUGUCGCGCAAUGGAUCUUUAAAAGUUCUAGAUCAUGCGCUUGCAGGUCCUGAUGGAAAAGAUAAUUGCAAUAAGUUUGUGGAUAUUUUAGGUCUCAGAACAGUAUUUCCACUUUUCAUGAAAACGCCAAAAAGAAAAAGAUUGUUGACAGUUGACCAGCAUGAAGAACAUGUGGUAUCCAUAAUAUCUUCCAUGUUACGAAAUUGUCAAGGUAGUCAGAGACAGCGACUUCUUGCUAAAUUUACUGAAAAUGAUUUAGAAAAAGUUGACAGAUUAUUAGAAUUACAUUUUAAAUAUAUGGACAAAGUAGACAGAACGGAAAAAGAAAUGGAGCUUGACGCUGAAGAAACUGAUGAUGAUACGCAGUAUUUAAAGCGCCUAUCUGGGGGGCUGUUCACCUUGCAGCUGAUUGACAGAAUUAUUUUGGAAGUAUGUACUGCGGGAGCGCCUACAAUAAAACAGCGAGUUCAACGAGUGUUGUCGUUACGCGGUGGUUCUUUAAAAAUCAUACGGCAUGUUAUGAGAGAAUAUGCUGGGAAUCUUGGCGACGCGGGAAGUGAAGAGUGGCGGCAACAAGAACAGCAACAUAUACUGCAGCUGGUCGAUAAAUUUUAA